AUGGAAUCUAUGGCAGAAAGGAAUGACCAACUGAAGCGAGUUUUGAGUCUUACCCAGGAAGAAAAAGACGAUGAUCUCUUGCAUGAAUUGGAGAAAAGUUUUCUACGAUGCCAGGAUCUGGAAGAUACAUUGAAGCAUGUGCAACUGGAAUCGAAAGAAGCAUCGAAUGUAUGGAAUCAAGAAAAGAAAUGUCUCGUAGAUCAACUCCAAGACCUACAACUUUCACCUAAGGAACUUCGAGAGGAGUCGGCCUUUGAGAUCCAAGAGCUACGUGAAACCUCUUGCAAAUUGGAAAAAGAAAAUACCGAUCUCUUUAAAAGUCUUGGGCGCUGUCAAACCGAAUGCAAGGAGGCCAAAUCUAGGGCAGACGAGAUGCACGCUGCUACUGUAGAGCUUCAGGAAGAGAUCGGAAAACUUCAAAAUGAAAGGAAAGAGCUGAAUGAAAUACUGCAGAAUUCUUCCCGAAAGCAGGAGAACUUAACCAAACUCCAAGAUGAAUCAUCGAAGUUGGAGAAGGAGAAAUCAAACCUCACCAAGCAACUGGAGAGUCGCCAGCUUGUGUGCCAGCAAUUCGAAGAAUAUCUGGCCGCAGCGACCGAAGAAAGUGAGAGACACAUGGAACUAGCUAUGAAGCUGAAGGCAGAAAAUGAAGAUCUUUCCCGACAACUCACCAAGACUCAAAACCAGAAGGAAUCAAGCUCAUUUCAGGCAGUGACUCCUAAAACAGUUAAACGCACUGGCCAACAAGUCGAGGAGCUUCAAAAUGUCAAAAAGGGACUUGAGCAGAAACUCAGCAAGGCCGAAGACGAAAGCUCGAAAGCUACUUCCAAACCUGCUCAGUCGCAAUGUGUCAUCGAAGAUCUUACUAAGAAAAUGGACGAGCUUGAGAGAGAAAGGGAAAAACUGACAGAAAGGCUUCAAACUGCUGAUAUUGAAAGCAAGGAUUUAACUGAUAAAACCGAGGCAGCCUUGGAAAAGACGAGAGAAAUGGAAGAGCUAAAGAAUGAGGUGGAAUUAAAGAACAAGAAACUGGAGUUCGAUGUCACGUUUACGAAGAACAAAGUAGAGACUGCAUUCUCAAUGGUCGAUGAUUACAAGAAAGAUGUCGCCGAUAUGAAGGUCCAUAACAGAGGUCUCAAAAAUCAGGUGGAUUUCCAGAAAAAUAAAGUUCAGGAUCUUGAAGGUCAAGUGUCUAAGCUGAAGGAACAAAGUGCCUCGCUGGAAAAGAAACUGGAAGACGCAGAGCAAAGGGUAAAAUACACGGAAGACCUUAAGGAUAAAGAGAUGGACUACCUUAAGGAGAAAGGGAUGAACGACCUUAAGGAGAAAGAAACCGAAAUUAAGAAAGUGAGAUACCAACUCGAGGCAAAGACGGUAAAGUUUGAUGCGAUGGAGAAAGAGAAGAAUAAUCUGCAAGGGAAGGUCUCUGAGAUGAGGAAGCUAAAGGAGGUACUGGAAGUAAAAGUAGCAAAGGCCGAGACAAGAGAGAAAGGGGUGGAGGAUGAAAUGGAGGGCAUAUCUUGUCAGAAUCCAAGACCAGGGGCUCUCAUGGGUUGA